CCAAAUGUAACAGCUCACGAUCAAAACAAAAAAACAAAAAUUGUAACGCAGGACAUUUGAAGUAUCAUAAAAAAUGACGAAGAAAGCUGUGUUGAUUGGGAUCAAUUACCCUGGAACCAAGGCGGAGCUACGGGGUUGCGUCAACGAUGUUCGGAGGGUGCACAAAUGUCUCGUCGAUCGGUUCGGAUUCUCCGAGAGAAACAUCACUGAGCUGAUCGACACUGACAAGUCCUCCACCAAACCUACCGGGAAGAAUAUUCGAAAGGCGUUGUUGAAUCUAGUUGAAUCGGCCAAAUCCGGAGAUGUUCUUGUCGUCCAUUACAGUGGACACGGUACGAGGUUGCCUGCAGAGACCGGAGAAGAUGAUGAUACUGGUUAUGAUGAGUGUAUUGUUCCUUGUGAUAUGAAUCUUAUCACCGAUGAUGAAUUCAGAGAUCUUGUGGAGAAGGUACCAAAGGACGCACACAUUACAAUCAUCUCGGACUCUUGUCACAGUGGUGGCCUCAUCGACGAAGCUAAAGAGCAGAUAGGAGAGAGCACGAAGAAGAAGAAGCCAAAGAAAGAAUCGGGAGGCUCUUCAAUAUUUGGAUUCAAAGGCUUCGUGCGUGAAGCUGUGGAAGAAGCAUUGGAAACUCGAGCGAUCCAAAUUCCUCACCACAAAGAUGAUGAUGAGAAAGAAGAAAGCAAGACUAAAGAGAUUGAACUAGAAGAUGGGGCAAAAGUCCAUGUCGUAAACAAAUCUCUGCCUCUACAAACUCUAAUCGAUAUGCUCAAGCAAGAGACAGGUAACGAUAAUAUCCAAGUGGGGAAAAUCAGACCGACCCUUUUCAAUGUGUUUGGAGAAGAUGCAUCCCCAAAGGUGAAGAAGUUCAUGAAAGUGCUUCUAACAAAGCUGCAAGAGGGUAAAAGUGAAGGUGGGAUAUUGGGAAUGAUUGGGAAACUAGCUCAAGAGAUUACUGAGUACAAACUAAACGAUGACGAAGAGUAUGUGAAACCCGCGAUGGGGAAGAAGCAAGAGGUCUAUGCAGGUGCAAGCAAUGGUGCUCUUCAGGAUAACGGUAUUUUGAUAAGCGGUUGCCAAACAGACCAAACUUCAGCAGACGCGAGUCCUGUGGAUCAUCCUGAAAUGGCCUAUGGAGCAUUCACCAAUGCUGUGCAGAUCAUACUUGAGGAGACAAAGGGUAAGAUUACAUACAAAGAGCUUGUUUUGAAGGCGAGGAAGCUUCUUAAGAAACAGGGCUUUUCUCAGCGACCAGGACUAUAUUGCAGUGAUAGUUUUGUGAAUGCUCCGUUUAUUUGUUGACCAUUGUAUAUUUGGUGGUAGAUUUAUUUGAUUUGAUGUGUUCGUUGUUGUAACUUUGAUUGGAAUGUCAAGCCCAUUGGUUAUAGCUUUUUAAUUCAAUAAAAAACCUUAGGAAAUUAUUGA